AUGUUUCUUAGAAGAAUUGUUGCUGCAUUUCCUCCAUCAAAAAGGAUAUUCAGCUCUUCUGUUAUCCAUGACUAUGCAAGUUCCAUCCAAGAACUCAAUAAGGAAAUGGAAUCUGUAUUUGGGGAACUUCCGCCAGAUGAACUACCUACCUCUGUAAGCAAUAAUCCUGCGAGUAAUGAACCUCGUUUGUCAUCUCAAAGAAUAGGUGAAACUGAAAGUUCUUUUGAAUUGACUCAUACUGGAAAUUCAGGAGAAGCUCAAAUGGUAGACGUGUCUCCAAAAGAAAGUAGUAAGAGAAUCGCCACAGCUGUUUGCAAAGUAGUUCUUGGAAAGAAGGUGUUCGAUUUGGUAUCAGCCAAUCAGAUGGCGAAAGGAGAUGUGCUUACGGUGGCGAAAAUUGCUGGCAUAACUGCUGCAAAACAAACUAGUAACCUGAUUCCGUUGUGCCAUAACAUAGGUCUUUCACACGUGCAAGUUGAUUUGAGAUUGAAUCAUGAGGACUUUAGUGUAACGAUAGAAGGGGAAGCUGCUUCAAUGGGAAAAACUGGGGUUGAGAUGGAAGCAAUGACGGCAGUGUCUAUUGCUGGCUUAACAGUGUACGAUAUGUGCAAAGCUGCUUCAAAAGGUAUAACGAUUACAGAUAUACGACUUAAGCAUAAAUCCGGUGGAAAAAGCGGGGAUUAUUCAUGGGGACAAUAA